CUCUAUAAAUCUGAGGAACAUAAGGGGAGCCCAACAGAGACUCCAAGAAGGGCUGUAGACUGAAGCCAGCCUUCUGCCUUCUCUUCUCCAGGAUGAAGCUGACCAUGGGCUUUCUGAUGGCUGCCUUGACUCUGUGUGGUAGCUCAGCUUUCGCCUUCUUUCUGGAUUCUCCAAUCAAACCCCCGAUCCAACCUACUGAGAUCCAGAACUCCAUUGCCAAGCCUGUAGUGGAAUCGGUGCCUAACCCGGUGUUGGGCAACUUUAGUCUGCUCAAAUUAAUCUUGAGAGGCCUGGGGAUUCCUGUAGACCACCUGGUAGAAGGGUCCAGAAAGUGUGUGGAGGAGCUGGGAUCUGAUUCUGUGGGAGCCGUGAAGAACUUGCUGGGUGCCCUGACAUAUCUUGGUUGAGUUGCAGCUGGACUGAAGCAAUCUCAGGAUCACAGAGAAGAGGAUGCCCAAGCAUGAGGCCUGACAGACACGUUUACAACCUCUAGGGAGCUGUGCAAACCUCUUGUAGGAUGGGCACUUGAAUUGUUUUUAUCCUUUUUAAUAAAUCGAGUUCAAA